UUUUUUUAUAUUAUUUAUACUAAGGGAAAGAGACAAAAGGAAUUAAAGGAUAGUCUAAUGGGUUAGGAGAAAAGUGUUCCAUAACAAAAGUCUGCCUCAUAUUAUUGACUUGCUUGAUGCCACAUACUUCCACAACAUAUGAAGGAAACUUCCAAGUUCGUCUAAGAUAUAAUUCUUAUAGGAAUCCUAAAUUAUUAAGUAAUUUAUCAUACACAAUUUUCAACCUAUUUUGCUCCAACCUUCUAUUUCAACUUCAAAGCAAAAUCCAUGAACUUUCCCUUACACCUUCAAUAAACCACCUGACCUAUUCGGCUUUUCUAACCCUUUAAAAGUACGUUAAUCCUAUAUAAAUUGACACCAUGCCUAUUUUCAAUCCAUCAAACCAUUCGCGAAUUUCCUCCGUGCUAGCAAAGCGGUAAUAUUCGAUAAAUAAGUUAAUAUUAUUACAAUGGAGAAGGCAUCAUCAUCAUCAUCUUACAACACACUUUCCUCAAAUUUCCUUGAUUUAAUUUUCCUACAUGUUAUUUUUGACUUGAAACAUAACUUGUCAAAUUUCUUCAUGAGUUCUUGGUCACUUUUUCAUGCAAAAUUUCAUUUCUUCAACUCUUCUGAGGCCAUCAUGUUUGAGCCGAAGAGCAACAAUAUUAUUGUAAGGAAGCAAUCUUUGAUUAGCUCGAACAAUGUAUCUAUUGAUCAUGAUGAUGAUUGCUUGUUUGGAUGCGAUAUAAACAUGAUCAUGGAAAGACUUGGAAUUCAACAUAGUUUUGAAGGAGAAGAGCUUCAAAAGAAGUGGGAUUGUAAAGAAUUAUCUAAUUUAUUUGAAGAUGAACCAAGUUUGGAAGAGGUAAAAGAAGCUUUCGAUGUAUUUGAUCAAAAUAAAGAUGGGUUUAUUGAUGCAGGGGAAUUACAGAGAGUGCUUUGUGUUUUAGGGAUAAGAAAAGGGGUAGAGUUGCAAGAUUGUAGGAAAAUGAUUAAGGGUUUUGAUCAAAAUAAUGAUGGGAAAAUAGAUUUUAAUGAGUUUGUAGGCUUUAUGUUAAAGACUUUUAAUUGAAAUAUAUAUUUAUAUUUUUUUUA